UAGAAUUAAUUUUAAUAAUAAUUUAGAUAAUCCUUGCACAGAAUAAAAAUGUAUUAUAUUUACAUUAUUUUUAACUAUUGGAAUAGAAUAUUUAUAACAAAAUAUAAAUAACAAAGAAUGAAGUUAUAUUUGUUAAUACAGGAUGGGCCAAAAAUUACUAAAUGAUUACUCUUUCCAAAACUUUUUAGGCUAAUUCUCCUUUUUUUUUUUUUUUUUCAUUACAAACCUAGAAACUUUUGGCUCGCUGUUUAUUUGAAAUAUACAUUUAUGGAAAUAUUUUAUGAUGUUUUUGUUCAAUUAUAAAGUAUGUAUGUAUGUAUAUGUGUAUAUAUAUAUUUAUAUAUAUAUAUAUAUAUAUAUAUAUAUUAUAUAUAUGUAUAUAUAAUAUUUGUAUUAUUUAGCAAGUUUACAUACCGCUAAUUGUUUUGACGAGAAAUUUGAUACAGGUUAAUAGUGAACGUUUGUCAUAACUCAUUUGCGCAGUUCUUAUUUACAAACGUAAAUCUUGUUAAUUAAUUUCACAAUAAAUUGACAAAGCAAAUAUCUGACAUGAAUAAAAGAGAAUCAAGAUCAAAAGGAAAAUGACGAAAACCUUGUGUAUAAAUUUUAUUAUCGAAUACACGAAUAUAUGGUAUUUUUUCUCUCUUUCUUUUCUCUCUCUCUCUCGCUCUUUCUCUUUCUCUUUCUCUUUCUCUUUCUCUUUCUCUUUUUCUUUCUCUCUCUUUUGGUUCAAUGAACGUCGGAAUGUUUUUCAAGUUGUAGGAGUGGCUUCAAACACGAUCUUAUAACGCGAGGAGAUGAAUGGCAUCAAUUCAUGAAUCAUUUUUCGCGUCGGUAAUUACAAAUUAUGAGAUUCCUUGAGAAAGAGAGAAAGAGAAAGAGAGAGAAAUAAAAAUGGUUAAAGAAUUUGUAUAUAGUUAUUGUAUUGCAAUGGAUUUUUUUCUUUAUAAAAUAUUCUCAUAUAUCGUAUAUACGAAUAUGUAUGUACAUAAAUGUAUUUUUAAUAGUUACUACUUUUCUGCGAAUAUCUUGGAAAUUAUCCAAAAAUAAUUGUUUUAUGAUUUCUUUAUAAAACUAUUUCGAAGUUGUUAAAAAAUUGAACACAUUUUUUGUCAAAAACGUAUCAUUACUUUCCAUGAAUAUAUUUAAAUUUAAAUCGACAUAAAAGGUAUUAUUAUGUGUGUAGUAUGAACAUAAUAAAAAAAAAAGACCAGAUGGCUAUUGUCAGGAGAUCGUAUAUCAUAUAUCACGUGACCAUUCUUACGAAUAACGUAUUGUUUUGUCGACCAAUAAGAUCAUUUCUUAUAGUUUGAAGAGCGAAUCUUUAUGCAGUUUUCGAUAUUGAUCGAUGUAUGUAUUAAUGCGCUAACGAUUUAAAUAUUUGCUAAAUUCACGUUGAUUUGAGUUAAGGGUAUGGAAUCCGGACACUGGUUAUUCUCUUCGUAAAACGGAAAUCCUUGUAAUACGGAAGAUAAAAUUUAUUAUAUCGGCUCUUAUUUUCAUUUAUCACGUGUAGAACGUUGCAUAUCCGUAUGUACAUACGUGAGAAACAAGGGUGUGCGAGUGGAUACUUCCGCUCGUACAAACGCAUUUGUUCAAUCGAACUUUUAAGAGGGAUAUGACAUCUCACGAAUCCUCCUGUUUCACUAUAAUUCAAUACAAUGAAAAAGGAGAUAUUAUUUCGGGAAUAUUCCUCUGCAAUUAUCCUAAUAUUCCAUCGAUUCCAAAACAAGAAUGGUUCCAUUGUUUAAAAAUGCAUUAUAGCAUUGACGAUGUUAUAGAAAAUGGAACGUUCUUUAUUCAUUGUCUCGUCUGGGACGAUCGUUAUACUGAAAAUUUCUUCGAAUCUCUUCUUGUUGCUCUAUUCGACAUGGAUAUCCACUGUUUUCACGUUAUUCUUGUGCUUCCACCUCAGAUCGAACCAGAAAAUUCUUUCGCAGAUUACAUGAUCAGGAUAGCUCCAAUUAAUUUCAAGGAUACGUUUAUGGUACAAGCUUUGUACAUAUGUAUGCGAUACAAUAUCAUUCCAAGAUUAAAAAUUCGUCGUGCUGUGGAGGAAGAUAAUGACGACAUAAUACCGAUAAUCGACGCAGACUCGUCCUAUGUGAAAGAAUUUUACGGGGAGUAUUACAUAAGCGAAAUGACACGUUAUCCGGACGGUCGCCGUCAGUUAAUCGUUUCUGAGGACGACAAUGGUUUAGCUACUGGAGUGAUCUGCGUUAAUUCGACGAUCGACGUCGAUCUCUUAAAUGAGAAUUUUGAAUUGACUCUUUAUGAUGGACUGAGGAAACCGCAUGAAACAGAUCAGGGUUUUAAGAUAUCAAGACAAAGUCCAAGCGAGGUUUUCUUUACGACUUUUUCUGGAAUAUUGCAGGACACCUUCUUAGACAACUCGAAAUAUGAACCAAAAUCAAAUGCAAUCGUUGAGGAUAAACUUGAGAUUGAAACGACUUCCGAGAAUGAUGAAACUAGUUUGGAAACUGAAAAAUUUAUUGAUAAAGGAAUAAAUGCGGAAGAUCAAACGGAUGAUACCGAACUUGAAGAAAUUUAUAAACAAAAGAAACCUUUUCCUGUAGCAAAAAAACGCGUUCGUAUCGGUAGUAUUUAUGAAGAAAAAGUAAUCAGAGUACGUUCGCUUGAGUACAUAACUCUUCAUUUUAUUUUCAAUGUCAAUCAAUAUACCUGUCCUUUAUAUCUUCAGUUUAAAGAAGAAAAUUCGGAAAAUGCUAAUGAAAUCCGAUCAUCAUUACGUAAAACUUCAAUAAAAAAAGAAACUUCUUAUCAAGAAUCGAAGGAAGAAGAUCUCGAUCAAGAUGAUAGAUCAUCGGUUUCUGAUCAGUUUAAUAUUAACGAAUUCGAAGAUGCGAUAUUUGAAGUACCAAAGAUAUAUCCGGCAACAUCAUUGAAUGCCGUCGAAUUAGAAUCGUCUGAUAUGAAACAAGAUAUUUUGACGAGUUCCAUUUAUCAAGGCGAAGUUAAUGCGUUCGUUGUAGAGAUUUUUGCGGUACGAGAAGAUAUUGGCAAUCGUGGAACGCGAGAAUUUUUGGAAGCUGCUUUUGAAUGUUUCCCUGAUUUAGAUUACUGUGUAUUACUUUUACCAUCAACUUACGCAUACUUUUCCUUUUUGGAACUAUUCGUGCGAGUACCAUUGAGAUAUAACAAAGACUUUCCUAUGUCUUUGUACGUGGCUCACAAGGCAAUACUUUUCAGAGAAAUUAAAUCUCACAAAGGUGAUUUAUGCGAUAUAACUGAAAUAAAACAAUUUUUAAUUAAUAUUCCACGAAGCAAAAAAAUAAUGGAAGAUUUUAAUCGAAGUGUAAAUGAAACUAAUAACAAUGUUUAUAGUUAUAUUUUCACAUCUGAUAAUACGAUCAUUGGCUUGGCUAUUGUCUGCAUUGAGAAGGAUCAGCAAGAGAUCAAAAAGCAUUAUCACGUAGACGACUUUAUUGUGAGACAAUAUAUUUUUCACGAAGCUUAUGGUUGCCUCUUACAUUUUGUUCUAAUGCCAAUAUUUUCGAUAAAUCAGAAAUUCUUUUUUUACGAGAUCAUGCGACUAUGCGACUUGACGGUUCUUUAUUAUCGUUUCUACGAGGAAGAAGGAAGUUCACUCACUCGAACUAAGCCAAUAGUUUCUUGUUUAAAAACUAUGGUACCAGUGAAUCCACGUAGAAGAAUAGAAUACGAAUUUUGUUCUUGCCCCGAGACUAAUGAAAUUAAACUUAAACAGAAUAAAGACAAAAUAUUUUCACUUUUUAUGACAACGCCAAGAAUCGCUACGAUACCAAAUCGGAUCAUUGAUACGAAGAUAGUUGUCGUAGGUGCUUCCGAUUGUGGCACAGCUUUGGUCGAAUUUUUAGCAUUAGGGUAUCUACAAAAUUUUGUCCACUUUACAAAUCUCACUUUGAUUUCACCGAAUGGAUUACCAUAUGAAAGGAAAUAUACUGAUAUUAAGUGGGAUAUGAUCCCAUUUAAGGGAAGAUAUUGUCGUAAUUAUCAGUUCUUUAUCACAAGACGUGCUUGGAUCAAUGUCGUUUACGGAAAAUUGUUAGCGAUUAAUAGGAAGGAUAAAUACGUGACUGUAAUGGAUCAAGAAAACUUGAGUUACGACUUUCUGAUUUUAACUAGCGGUCUUCAAUACCAACAGACAUUGUUCAGAGAUAAGAAAAUUGAUGAAGACAAAAAAGCUGAUAUCAUAACAUCAAAUCAACUAAUUUGGAAUUGUUUAACUAUAAACGAUGAUACUGAUGCAUUCUUUUCAUUAAAAAAAAUUCAAUCUGGAACAAAUGAUUUCAAAGAGAAAAAGGCCAUUGUAUUUUAUGGACACAACAUCGAUUGUUAUUGCGCUAUUCAUGGAUUGAUGAAACAUGGAAUAAAAGGUUCUUGGAUCACUCUGAUCGAGCCUAAAUUAAAUCUAUGUGACAAUCAGAUUAAUUUUUUUCGUAAUUGUGAAGUGAACACAGCCAUAAAGAAUUCUAUUCUGGAGAGUGAAAUAAACCUUCUCUUAGGAUGGAAUAUAAUUAAUUGGACUUUGUUAGAGGAAUAUCAAGAUGUUAAAAGAAUCGAAUCAGUUACUAUAAGAUCAGGAAUUAAUAUCAAGAUCAUUCCUUGUGACUUUUUUUUCAAUUUUUAUGAGAAAGAUAUUGAUAUCAAUUCUUUUUUAGCAAUUUGUCGUGCUGGUUUAGUAUUCGAUGGACGUGUGGUGAUAGAUCCUCAAUUUCGUACAAACGAUCCAUUUGUAUUCGCAGCUGGAAGCAUAACCAAAUACUCGAGAAAAUUUCAAGCCAAAUUUUUCGAGCAUAAUCAUUAUAAUAGUAUAGAGAUUGGCGAAAAACUUGGUAAAAUUAUUCGCAAAGUAGUAGACGUCUAUCAAGAAUCUAAAGGAAGAUACAAUAACUUCGACAGAAGUAAAUCGUGCUUGUUAUUACCAGAAUUUCGAUCACCAAUCAUUGUAUCCUGCAUGUUACCUGGUAACUUUCAUUAUCUUCACGUCGAUAAACCUGGACAGAAAUCGUCUCGUGAUGUCGUUGUAAAACAAUCUCUUUACGGCGAUGUCAUGGUGACAGGUAAUUGCUUAUCCGAAAUUGGUUACUUCCGUUUACAUAUAAAUACUCGAAAUGUCGUAGAAUCAAUCACUUGUUGCAGUAAAAAGAAUUUCGAAAUAGAUCACUUGAUCACUUUGUAUGGAAAACACGACAGUAUGUUAAACGAAGUUAAAUAUCGUUUCAGAAAUUCUCUUAUCGUGGACUUUUAUUCAUAUUUCCGGGAGCCAUGGGCCAUGGCACUGUUUUACGACAGAUUCGAAUGUUUGCGAGUCGAAAAUCGUGCCACUUUGUUAUCCAGAACGAGUGCUUCCGGUAAUUCCUUAGUCGAAGAUUGCUUGCGUGCUUUGUUAAGAUCCGAAGGGGAAGAGAUAUCAGAAAAGGAUCGUGAUUUAAUAAGAAAGAAAUAUAUUGGAUCUGUCUAUCAGCAAGAAAUAGAAAAUAGUGUAGUAGAUUUUCUACAAUUUUCGGAAGAAGAUUUACCUAUUUAUUGUACACCUUAUUUUAUGCGAUGGUUGUAUCACGAUAUCACAUCUAGUCCAUUAUUUUGUGACGAAUGAAGUAAUAUUUUAUUCAACAAUAUAUACACACAUACAUACAUACAUACGUAUUUAUAAAUAUCGUCAAGAUUGUAUUGAAUUAAGGUUCGAAUCUCGCUGGCACAAGCUUGCAUACAUUCUCCUGAUUUACGAUAAAAGUGUCCUCGUUCAAAGAGUCCAAGUACGCUUGUUUAGCAUGCUAUCCGAUCUGUAGGUCAAGUUUAAAAUGCUGUAGAAUUGUUCUAUAGGUUGGCCUUAGGCAUUUCACCGCAAUGUCACAGCGCCCACGCUAAAUGACAGAAUAAUAAACUCACACAAGAUGUUUCUAUGAGAGUAUCAUUAGUGUUGUGAUAUUGUCAUUCAUCGUUGUCUCGAUUGUUGUUGUUUGGAUAACCUUUCCGUCUAUGUCUUCUUU